UCUGUCCACCAUUUUGACUGAAUGUUGCCACAAUCGAAUUUUCGAGUUAAAUACAUUACGGAGGUGCAAGAGGCUCGGGAAAAAAAUCAACUCGGUGGAAAAGUGUUGACUAACUGCAGCGAAAAAGACGCGGAGCGCUAAAACUCUUAAAAAAAAGUUGCAACAUGAACACAAGGCGAACCAAAUUUACAACACUGACUUCUUCGGUGAAAGAGGAGGUAGUUCCAGUGCUAAUACACGAUCCCAAUGCUCCCGGUGGUGCACAGUAUGCUUAUGCCACAUUUACUGCGGCUGAAGAGUCUGAUUCUGCGGUGGAAUCCCUAUCUGGCACGCAUGAGACGAUUGUAAGUACCCAAGAAGUGAUUAUUGACGAACAUGGACGCGCGGUGACGAUUCAACAACUAGUCGACAAUCAUUCCGUGGAAGAGGUAGAAACUGUGGAAGAAAAUGAUGGCACGCACACCAUAUUGCACAUCGUGCCGUCAUCGCCGAUCGCUGAAGAGAUAGGCAAUGAAAGCGGUGGAGAUGGGGAUGCUAGUACCAAUCAAGGCGAAUCGAUGGGUCCUCGUUCCAAGACUUUUUAUUGUCCGAACUGUGGCAACUGCUACAGUGCUGCAGGCUCACUCAAGCUACAUAUGCGUGCUUGCAUGAAACAGCGCGAGGAGGUGCCUCCAGAACAACGGAAGUGCGAGAUAUGCAACAAGGUAUUCAAUUCAGUUUCCUAUCUAAAGGAGCAUAUGAUGCGGCAUACGGGUGAAGGGCCAAGGCGCUGUACGCGUUGUUAUCGUAAAUUUAUAGAUGAGGACAAAUGGAAGUCGCACAUGGAGACUCACAAACAACAAGAUAAAUUGGAUGCUGAGGCUCAAGCAUUGGCAGAACAGCACGGCGGCAAAAAAAUUGUAGUCAAGGAAUUCACUUGUUCAUUUUGUUCACAGAAUUUUACAGUUGUGUUCGAGGAAGGUCAAGUAAAGCGGCGUUACGCCUGUGAUGAGUGCCGUGAAAAAUAUUCUAAUGCAGAACAACUAAGGCAGCACAAACAAUUAAUAGGGGAAAAGCGCGACUUCCAUUGCGAAAGAUGUGGCCGAAAAUUUGUGUUCGAGGGGUUCUUACAACGGCAUCUUCCAACCUGCGAUGGCACAAUAAAACGACGUCGGGACAUGAAGUAAAAAUUGGAAGAUCCGCAUAUCCCAAAAAUAUAUCGUUAACGCUUCGCGCGAUUUCCAUUAAGUUUUUUCGUACCUUAUAUUACUUGUAAUUGGUUUAUUUUAUUUGCAAGAAGAAACUAUAAAUAUGUCAUUUAGACCGAUGAAUGUGUCAAUGCAUGUCCAUAGACGGGCAAGUAACAUAAUGAAAACUAAAAGCACAUAUAUCUCUGUGAAUAUUUUUAAUUCUAUGACAUAAAUCUAUGAAUUAAUAAAGAACUCCAAAUUAAAGUCAA